AUGAUGGCGGACAUACUGACCAAGGCCCUGCCCGCGCCAAGAAUGGAAGAAUUGAAAAUGAUGUUCAAGUUGAAGGCCGGUCAGAUUGACACCGAGGAGGACUGUUAG